UCAUACAUUUAUAGGACUUGAUACUGUGCGUCAGUCAAGAAAGAGCCAGCAAAAUGAGUUCCACAGAGGACGAGUCGUCCUGGGUCAAGUGGUUUUGCAGCUUAAAAGGAAAUGACUUUUUGAUUGAGGUAGAUGAGGAUUACAUUCAAGAUCGCUUUAACUUGACGGGGCUUAACGAACAAGUUCCUCAUUUCAAGAGGGCUCUCCAGCUGAUAACCGAUAUGGACGAUGAGUUGUCGACUAAGGGAAAACGUACAGCUAACGACCUGGCUGACCAGGCCGCUGAACUUUUGUAUGAGUUAAUCCAUUCCAGGUUCAUUCUCAGCCCAAGGGGGAUGCAAACGAUGGCUAUCAAAUUCAAAAGGGGUGACUUUGGCCAAUGUCAAAGAUUUUUAUGUGAAAAUCAAAAUUGCCUUCCUGUUGGAAUUUCAGACGUCCCUGGCGAAGGGACUGUGAAGCUGUUCUGCCCUCGAUGUCGGGACAUUUACAUUCCAAAGAUGACUCGCCACCAGCAACUUGAUGGUGCGUACUUCGGUACUGGAUUCCCUUCAAUGCUUCUCCUCAGCAUGCCAGAACUGAGGCCGGUGGUUCCUUCCCGGAAGUACGAACCAAGAUUGUAUGGGUUCAAGAUCCACCCCCUGGGGAUGAAAGCACCCAGAGCGGGGGUCAAACAGGUAGCUGCGCGAAAACAAGAUUCCGUCUGCUCGUCCCACGGAGGUUCCACAAAUACAAUGUCCAAUGUGUCAAAAAUAAUAAUGAACAGCAAGGCCAACGUCAAGCGUUGAGAACCUAUUCAUAAGUACUUGUAAUCGAAAUUGUAAACAUAAAUAGAUUUGGAUUUGGGAUAAUUAUAAAUCAGGAUUUUCGUACAAGUACGUAUUUUAAUACGUAUGUAUGUACAUGCUCAUUUGUAUGCAGUUAACCAGAGCUCAUAUCAGUCUCAUAAUGAUCAACA